CGCCAUUUUUUGUCUCUCUGUGUUAUUUCCAUUUUUUUUAACUUUUCGAUCUUGGUAAAAUUCAGAGUACCUCUCUCUCUCUCUCUCAAAAUGGCAGCAUUUUAGGUUUUUUCUUGUCUCUUCGAUAUUCGGAGAUUGCAUCCCGGUCCUCCCGUGGCUUAUCUUGCCCGAAAGAACAGAAAUGGGGAUUCAGGGUCUUCUCCCACUGUUGAAGUCGAUAAUGAUCCCGACCCACAUUAAGGACUUCAAUGGUCUCACCGUUGCCGUCGAUACCUAUUCUUGGCUGCACAAAGGAGCGUUUUUUUGCAGCAAGGAGCUCUGCAAGGGCGAGCCCACCUCCAGGCAUAUCGACUAUUGCAUGCAUAGGGUAAAUUUGUUACGGCAUUAUGGUGUCAGACCUAUUCUUGUCUUUGAUGGAGGGUUUCUACCUAUGAAAAGCGAACAAGAGAACAAGCGUGCAAGGGCAAGGAAGGAGAACCUUGAACGUGCUAUUGAGCAUGAGGCAUCUGGCAAUUCUGCUGCUGCUUAUGAGUGCUACCAGAAGUCUGUGGACAUUUCACCUUCAGUUGCAUAUGAACUAAUCCAAGUUCUAAAGAAGGAGAAAAUUGAUUAUGUUGUGGCUCCAUAUGAGGCUGAUGCUCAGAUGACCUUUUUGGCCCUCAGCAAACUUGUUGAUGCAGUGAUUACUGAGGACUCAGACUUGAUACCAUUUGGAUGUCCUAGAAUUUUCUUCAAAAUGGACAAAUUUGGGCAAGGCGUUGAGUUUCAAUAUUCCAUGAUAGAGCAUAAUAAAGAGAUGAGUUUUACUGGAUUCACUAAGCAGAUGGUUCUUGAGAUGUGUAUAUUAAGUGGUUGUGACUAUCUGCAGUCGUUGCCAGGAAUGGGCCUGAAAAAGGCUCAUGCACUUAUAAGGAAAUUCAAAAGCUAUCAAAGGGUGAUUAAGCACUUGCAGUACAGUACUGUUUCAGUUCCUCCUCUUUAUGAAGAAUUAUUCAAGAAGGCAAUUUGGACUUUUCAACACCAACGAGUUUAUGAUCCUAGGGUUGAAAAUAUUGUGCAUCUAACAGGCAUUAGUGAUAACCUUGGUGAUGAUUUGGACUUUCUAGGCCCAUUAAUACCACAAAACUUGGCUAAAGGCAUUGCUGUUGGAGAUCUUGAUCCAUUUACAAAAAUGCCAUUCCAGGGAGUUGCUGUCUGUGCUGAGCUUGUAGUUGAUAGAUCUUACCCACUCAAAGAAUUUAAACCUGAAAGUGAAAGGAAAAAGCUUGACUUGCCUGCUCAGAAAAAUGUAUUAACAAACUACUUCUGCUUUGCUUCACUCGAGGCAAAGAGGAAAUUUAAAGCUCCUCGAGUUACACCUAAACAUUUAGAUUCAAUUGAAGAAAACUCUCCAAGCUCUGGAGAACAAGCUUCUCAGAAGCCUGCUUCUUGUACAAUAAGCUGCUCAAAAGUGUCUGCACUUCAUUCAGGAAACACUAUAAAUGCUUUGCUUUCCAAGGAUCCUUUGGAAAAUGGUUUUGCCCUUAAUGGUCAUCAACUUUUGGAGUUCCCAACUGAUGUGGUAGGUAAUUUGAGAAAUUCAGACCAUUCUGUGUCCUUGCACCAGUCCAGACAAUCGGUACACAAGCCAUGUUUACUAUCACAUAAGGAGGGUGGAAAUGAGUCCAUGCUCAAUACGGUUGAUGGGCAUGCAGGAUUGGUGAGCAGAAAAGCCAUUGUUAGGAGUUCUUAUUUUAAGAAUAAGUUAAAAAAUGAGGAUGAUCUUGAUAAUAAAAAUAAAAAGCUUCUGGUUGAGAAUGACUCUCCUGCUGGUGUUAAUUGUGACAAUACUGUACCUGUACCUGAAAAUUCUGCCUCUUGGUGUAAUGACCUCAAAAGUGGUGCUGCAAAAAGGAAGUUCAUCCCUAUUGAAAGUACAACUGAAACUGCAAAGGUGAAGUAUGCCCGGUCAAAUGCAAUUCUUCCCAGUAAAAGUAAUUGCAUUCCUGAUUUUGACAGGAAUAUUGAAGAAAGAAAAUUUGGAUGCAACAUUUCCCAUUUGAGCCAUUAUUCUGAUAUAGCAGAGAAAUCAAUGCAAAGAUUUGUUUCAAUAAUGUCAUCAUUCAGAUGCAAUUCAUCUGGUUCCCGUGCAAGUGGUCUUCGUGCCCCUCUGAAGGAUGUGCAGAACACAUGUACAAUAAGGUCAUCCACUGUGCCUAUGGAUCUGAGCAAAUUCUCCUACAUACCAAAUAAAAAGAGGACUGCCUCGGCAUGUCAAAGAGAUUAGUUUUGAAACAUUAUUUAAGAACGUUGUUCAAUGCUGGGUACUAUCCUAAAUUCCUAACCCAUUUUGGUCGCAGCUGCUUGUCAUCUCACCUUUAUUUUGGUAUAAGUGGCACAAUUUACUUGUGCCAUUUCAUUGUAAUUUUUUAAAGGCUAAGGAACUAAAAGAUAUUUGAUGAAUCAGGGUUCAAUACGUCCAUCUGUAUACAUGUAUGUCCAUAUCAUUGUUUCUCUUGUCUUCAUUGAUGUCUGCUCUCUUUCUGUCAGAAGAAGCUUCAAAAGUUUAUUAUUUUUCUUUUUUUUUUCCUUAUUAUUUCUUAACAUGAUCUUACAUGAUUGAUCAAUCCUGCAGUCUCUGAUUUAGAGAAGUUCUGCUCGGUUAAUAUUUAUUGGGUUGUAUGAUCA